UUCGAGCGCGUCAGCAUGAUGGUGAUCCUCCUGAACUGUGUGACGCUGGGGAUGUACCAACCCUGUGAGAACAUCGACUGCUCUUCAGACAGGUGCCAGAUACUACAGGCCUUCGACGUGUUCAUCUACAUCUUCUUCGCCAUGGAGAUGGAUAAGAUGGUCGCCCUGGGGAUCUUCGGCCGCCACUGCUACCUCUGGGACACGUGGAACCGGCUGGACUUCUUCAUCGUGAUGGCAGGGAUGGUCGAGUACUCGCUGGACCUGCAGAACGUCAACUUCACCGCCAUCAGGACCGUGAGGGUUCUGCGGCCCCUCAAGGCCAUCAACAGAGUGCCGAGCAUGCGCAUCCUCGUCAACCUGCUGCUGGACACGCUGCCCAUGCUGGGCAACGUCCUCCUCCUCUGCUUCUUCGUCUUCUUCAUCUUCGGCAUCAUCGGCGUGCAGCUGUGGGCGGGGCUUCUGAGGAACCGCUGCUACCCGAAGGAGAACUUCACGCUUUCCUCGGGCAUCGGUCUUCCUCGUCCCUACUACAUGGCGGACGAGGAUGACGAGCGGCCCUUCAUCUGCUCCCUGCCGGUGGACAACGGCAUCAUGUCGUGCUCCGACGUGCCGGCCCGCCGCGAGGGCGGCCGGACCUGCUGCCUGGACCAGGACGACGCCCUCUACCGCCGGUCGCUGGGCCUGAGCGCCGAGCCGCCGGCCAAUGGCAGCACCGCGGGGGCGGGGCUCUGCGUCAACUGGAACCAGUACUACACCCGGUGCCACACCGGCUACAGCAACCCCCACAAAGGGGCCAUCAACUUCGACAACAUCGCCUACGCCUGGAUCGUCAUCUUCCAGGUGAUCACCCUGGAGGGCUGGGUGGAGAUCAUGUACUACGUCAUGGACGCUCACUCCUUCUACAACUUCAUCUACUUCAUCCUGCUGAUCAUUAUUGGUUCCUUCUUCAUGAUCAACCUCUGCCUCGUGGUCAUCGCCACCCAGUUCUCCGAGACCAAGCAGAGGGAGCACCAGCUGAUGCAGGAGCAGCGAGCGCAGUGCUCGUCCUCCUCCACGCUCGCCAGCGAACCGAGCGACUGCUACGAGGCGCUCUUCCAGCUCGUCUGCCACAUCCUGCGCAAGGCCAGGAGGCGAGCGGUCGCCCUGUUCAACGCCCUGCGGGGGAAACCCCGCGGCUUCCGGGGCGCCGGGCGCGGCAGAGGAGGCGGGGAGGCGAGGAGGGAGAGGAGGGCCGACGGACGGGGAGGACGCGAGAGGAGGGCGGCGAUGAGGCGCGGUCCACCCUGCCCCCACCGCAUUAAACCCGACCACGCCCUCAACGCCGCCGACGGCUGCCCGCAGUGCGCCGCCGCCCUGCCGCUCACCGACGGGGCGGGGCGCGGCGCGGGGAAAGACGACGGGGAGGAGGGCGCCGUGGAGGACGCCGACAGGGAGGCGGCGCCCUCUGGCGGCGGGGAGGAGAAGGGCCGGGGGUGCAGUCCCAGGAGGAGAUGCACGGAGCUGAGGCACAACAUCAGGGCCAAGCUGUGGGGGAUCGUGGAGAGCAAGUACUUCAACCGGGGCAUCAUGAUCGCCAUCCUCAUCAACACCAUCAGCAUGGGCAUCGAGCACCACGAGCAGCCGGCCGAGCUCACCAACGUCCUGGAGAUCUGCAACAUCGUCUUCACCAGCAUGUUCUCCCUGGAGAUGAUCCUCAAGCUCACUGCAUUCGGCUCCUUCAGCUACCUGAGGAACCCGUACAACGUCUUCGACGGCAUCAUCGUCAUCAUCAGCGUCUGCGAGAUCGUCGGCCAGUCGGACGGCGGCCUCUCCGUGCUGAGGACCUUCAGGCUGCUCAGGGUGCUGAAGCUGGUCCGGUUCAUGCCCGCUUUGAGGAGACAGCUGGUGGUCCUCAUGAAGACCAUGGACAACGUGGCCACUUUCUGCAUGCUCCUCAUGCUCUUCAUCUUCAUCUUCAGCAUCUUGGGGAUGCACAUCUUCGGCUGCAAGUUCAGUCUCAAGACCGAGACCGGCGACACCGUACCGGACCGGAAGAACUUCGACUCGCUGCUCUGGGCCAUCGUGACUGUUUUCCAGAUCCUGACCCAGGAGGACUGGAAUGCGGUCCUGUACAACGGGAUGGCCGCCACCUCCCCGCUGGCUGCUCUGUACUUCGUGGCCCUCAUGACCUUUGGAAACUACGUCCUCUUCAACCUGCUGGUCGCCAUCUUGGUGGAGGGCUUUCAGGCGGAGGGCGACGCCAACCGCUCGUACUCGGAUGACGACCGCUCUUCCUUCGACGAGAGCGAGAAACACGACUCCAUGAAGUUCUCCGACACGAGGAUCUGCACGCUGACCCCCAACGGCCACCUGGAGCUGGGGGCCCUGCCGGGGCCCAGGAGCUCCUGCUCCUCGGGGAGGCGGAGCUUCACCGCGGAGUCCAGGAAGAGCAGCGUGAUGAGCCUGGGCAAGAGCAGCCUGGAGAGACGCUCCCUCUGUCACGCCCGCAGUUCCAACUACCACAACUGGGGGCGCCCUUUCCUCCCGCAGUCCACGUGGAGCAGCAGGUCGAGCUCCAACAGUCUGGGCCGGAGGAGCUACGGGUUCGGCGGCGCUCCUUUGGUGGGAGGCAGCCUCCGCGUGCACGGCACCCGUUCGCCUUACGCCCACGCCGCCGAGCAGGAGGCCCUCCUCUCCCGCCAUCGCGCCCCGCCCCUUCACCACCCGGCUCCGCCCCCGCCGCUCCUCUCCAGACACUUCACCGGGCGGGCCCUCUCCCUGGAGCACCCGGAGGUGCUCGGGGCCGGCGGGCCGCCCCACCAGGCUCCGCCCCACGUCCAGCCGGACCCGGGGGGAUCCAUCGCCGGGGGCUCGGACCACCGGGAUUGUAACGGCAAGACGCCGGGUCCGCACGCUCAGCUGAUGGCGGACGUUUUCCCUCAAGUCAACGCACGCAAGGACCGGGCCGACCUCGACGAGGAGACGGACUAUAGUGUGUGCUUCCGCGUCCAGAAGAUGAUGGAGGUGUACAAGCCGGACUGGUGCGAAAGCAGAGAGCAGUGGUCCGUCUACAUGUUCUCCCCUCGGAACAAGUUCAGGCUGCUCUGCCAGUCCAUCAUCGCCCACAAGCUCUUUGACUACGUGGUCCUGUCCUUCAUCUUCCUCAACUGCAUCACGGUGGCUCUGGAGAGGCCCAAGAUCCUACAAGGGAGCCUGGAAAGGUUGUUUCUCACCGUUUCUAACUACGUCUUCACGGCCAUCUUUGUCGCGGAGAUGACCGUCAAGGUGGUGUCCAUGGGUCUGUACCUGGGCCAGAAGGCCUACCUGAGGAGCAGCUGGAACAUUCUGGACGGCUUCCUGGUGUUCGUGUCUCUCACCGACAUCGUGGUGUCGAUGGCCGGCGGCGCGAAGAUCCUCGGGGUUCUCCGAGUUCUCAGGUUGCUCAGGACGCUGCGCCCCCUCAGGGUGAUCAGCAGAGCUCCGGGGCUGAAGCUGGUGGUCGAGACCCUCAUCACGUCCCUGAAGCCCAUCGGCAACAUCGUGCUCAUCUGCUGCGCCUUCUUCAUCAUCUUUGGGAUUCUCGGAGUUCAGCUCUUCAAAGGGAAGUUCUUCUACUGUGCCGGUUUCGAUGUGAAGAACAUCACGAACAAGUCCGACUGCCUGGCUGCCAACUACCGAUGGGCUCACCACAAAUACAACUUUGACAACCUGGGCCAGGCUCUGAUGUCCCUGUUUGUGCUGGCCUCAAAAGAUGGCUGGGUCAACAUCAUGUACCACGGACUGGACGCGGUGGGGAUCGACCAGCAGCCGUCGAUCAACAACAGUCCGUGGAUGCUCCUCUACUUCAUCUCCUUCCUCCUCAUCGUCAGCUUCUUCGUCCUCAACAUGUUCGUCGGCGUCGUGGUGGAGAACUUCCACAAGUGUCGGCAGCACCAGGAGGUGGAGGAGGCCAAGCGGCGGGAGGAGAAACGCCAGCGUCGCAUGGAGAAGAAGAGGAGAAAGGCCCAGAAGCUCCCGUACUACACGUCGUACGGGAGAACCCGACUGGCCAUCCACACCUUGUGCACCAGCCACUACCUGGACCUGGCCAUCACCUUCAUCAUCUGCAUCAACGUCAUCACCAUGUCGCUGGAGCACUACAGCCAGCCGCAGUCUCUGGAGACGACACUGAAAUACUGCAACUACUUCUUCACCUCCACGUUUGUGAUCGAGGCCUCUCUGAAGCUGGUGGCCUUUGGGUUCAGGCGCUUCUUCAAGGACAGGUGGAACCAGUUGGACCUGGCCAUUGUGCUGCUGUCAGUGAUGGGCAUCACGCUGGAGGAGAUUGAGAUCAACGCCUCCCUCCCCAUCAACCCCACCAUCAUCAGGAUCAUGAGGGUGCUGCGGAUAGCACGAGUGUUGAAGUUGUUGAAAAUGGCCACCGGGAUGAGAGCUCUGCUGGACACCGUGGUCCAGGCUCUGCCUCAGGUGGGGAACCUCGGGCUGCUCUUCAUGUUGCUGUUCUUCAUCUACGCCGCUCUGGGAGUGGAGCUGUUUGGAGAGCUGGUGUGUAACGCCGACUACCCGUGUGAAGGGAUGAGCCGGCACGCCACCUUCGAGAACUUCGGGAUGGCCUUCCUCACGCUCUUCCAGGUUUCCACCGGCGACAACUGGAACGGCAUCAUGAAGGACACCCUGAGGGAGUGCCCCCCGGGUCACCCGGCCAGCGACUACGGCUGCCACGCCGGCCUGCAGGUCAUCUCCCCGAUGUACUUCGUGUCCUUCGUGCUCACGGCCCAGUUCGUGCUGAUCAACGUGGUGGUGGCCGUGCUCAUGAAGCACCUGGACGACUCCAACAAGGAGGCGCAGGAGGACGCCGAGAUGGACGCCGAGAUCGAGCUGGAGCUGGCUCAGGGAGGCCUCUGCUGCAUGUUGGGGGGCAUCGGCGCGGUCACGGGCGGCGGCGGCGGUGUUGCCGGCGGGUCCGUCGCGAGCGGAGCGGCGUCCGGCGCCAUCACGGCGGCGGCGGCCGGGGGUCCGAGCGUGACGGCGCCGGUACGAGACGGAGGAGGAGGAGGAGCGGGAGGCGGAGCUGCUCAAGAUGGACACGCCCACCGCCGGUGUCGGCUGUACUCUCCGGCUCAGGAGAGCCAGUGGCUGGACAGCGUGUCUCUGCUGAUCAAGGAUUCCCUGGAAGGCGACAUGAUUGACAACCUGUCCGGUUCAGUUUUCCACCACUACUGCUCUCCUCCUCCUGUCUGCAGGGACUGUAAGGACCACACUCAACAGAUCCGAUUGGCCGAGGUGGAGCAGGCGUCUCUGAUGUCAGAGCAGCUGUCGGACAAGUCGUCGUCCCCGGCGCUGCCCGAUGACCUCAGCCUGGACGAGCAAGGCAGCUACCAGCUGCUGAGGGGCAGCGGUGACUCCCACAGUUUGGAAGAGUUGGACGUCCACGGGGGGCUUCGUCCCCCCAGCUCAGGAAGCGAGGAGGUGUUCCCGGAGCUGCUGGAGGUGGGCGUCCAUCCUCCACUGAAGAGCCCCUCGCCGGCUCUUUGCUCAGAUGGAGAUGGCGGCUCUUCGCCCGUCUUCCGCCUCCCGGUAGACUUCUUCCACCCGGCCGCCGCGGCUCACCCGGGCGGUCCCGGUAACGGCGGCGGCCGAGGGGACGGGGGUCCGCCCAGGCCGCCCUCCCCGGCCUCCUGGGCCUCCCUGCGCUCCCCGGGGACCAACAGCCGGCCCCUGAGCUCUCAGCACCCGUCCCGCAGUGACUCCUCGCUGGCCACGGGCAGCUCAGAGGACAGCCUGCAGACCACUCUGGAGGAAGGGCUCAGCUUCAGCAGGUCUACACUUCGAGAUCUGGACCUCCCCGUGCCCCUCCCCUCCGGCAUGCCGCGCCCCCAGGGUCCGGACGCCGGGGACCGGGACCACCUUUUACUAAAGAGACGCGGCGCUUUCACCCUGCAAGCCACCAGGGGGCACCAGAGGAGCCAGAGCAGCGGCGGCAGCACCAGCCCCGGCUGCCCCCCCAGGCCGGACUCCGUGGACCCCUCGGACGAGGACCUGGGGACGGGGACGGGCGACUGCCGCCAGACCCUCGACAGCGAACACUCGUCGGAGACGCCGAGCAGCCUCUCGCUGACGUCGCUGCUCGCCCCGGGCUCUCUGGCGCCCCCUCUGGUGAAGAAGAGCAACAGCACGGGCGCGCUGGACCGGAGCAAAGAAGGACGCCGCCUGUGCGCCGUCGACCCCUGGACGGAGGGACGAGCGAGAGGCGCGGAGCAGGAGGAAGAGGACAGUGACAUAUCGGGCUCCAGGAAAGAGAGAUGAGAAGAACCUUGUUGCCCCCCCCCCGGUUCUGUAAGGGGGGUGUUAGCCUUCUAGCAUCACCAGGAUUCAG